GUUCAAAUGUAAUGUUAAUCGCAUUCACGACUGGAAGUGCAUUACUUGGUCUCAGUUUUAUAAUAACGAUGUCUUCUCAAUACGACAAAAGUCCAUAUUUUGUGAAACAACUGUCACUUAUAGUGGAGGAAAGGCGUACUGUUAGGCACUGCUUGUGUUUGGCUGUCAUCGCUGUCAUCUUCAUCGCAUCCCUGUCCACUCUGUUUGUCUGCGACCGCACAACCUAUCUGUUGGGCACAAACAUGACGGGCUCGCCAUCGCCUGAUAGCUACGAGUGCUUCUAUCCUCAGUACUUUGUAUUUUGUUGGAUACUAACGAUGAUAGCGUCGGUAGCAUUUCUGAAGCUGUCAUAUUUGCUCAAAUUCAUAAUAUUGGCCGCUAUGGCAACCAUUUAUCUAAUUCUCGUUGAGUUUGUCUUCAAUAAUGUAUUCUCGAGGAGUCAGAGCUGCGGAAUGUCAAUGCAAUACGACGGGUGA